AUGAAACCAGUUGUCGGCUCAGCCCAUCAGACCCGCCGCACAAAGUCUCGUGUCUGCAGCUUUGCCGGCGAGGCUGACCCCAGACACAUGUCCUGCCGCAGACACAUAACAUCACCUACACCAUCCGAGCCACUCGACGAAGCAGACGCAUUCCCCCUCCAGUCCCUUGAUCCCGGAUCUUCCACUCGAAGAGGAUCGACAUCACCAUCGACUGAUUUUUUUCCUCCGCCAGCGCAAGGCAGCCGGGAUCAUCAGCCUCAGCCUGCCGGCGCUCAUGGCAGCGGACCGCCCGAGCAGACCGAGGGCACGGCUGACCGAAGUGUGAGCAAUCCUGCUGCCGACUCGACUGUCAACGAAUCGAUGAGCAGGGCGCACCCUUCCCUCCGCUCGGCCGCGGGUUUCAGGUCGCCUUCUUAUGGCUCAGUCACGGCCCGUGUCUCCGACGACGAGAGCGACCAUGACGUAGCCGCUGGUCUAAUGCGAUCGCGGAAGGCCUCUGACACGAACGUAAGCGGGCCUUCAUCGGGGUUCUCAACUCUGAGACGACACCGCGAUGGGUCUGGCCCUUCAUCGCCGGUGUUCAAGCGGCCGAGACAGUCGGAGGAGCUUGGUGGUUCUGCCAUUGUCGGCGGACUCGAGGGCCGGUUCGGGACGACCGAGACGUCGCUGCUUAAUGACCUCGACCGGGCAGAGGACGAAGGGGUUGAUGACGACCGAUCAUUUGUGUAUGAGUCUGACGUUGUCGAGGAAGAGGAAGUGCCUGAUAACUCCCCAUACGCUCAGGUACGCGCGUGCAUCUCCCCGACGGACGAUACCACCCUGUCCAUCAACACCCCACGAAUGUGGGUGUUGUCAAUCUUCUUUUCAGUCCUCGGGUCCUCAACCAAUCUAUUUUUCUCCCUUCGCUACCCCAGCGUAGCGAUCACUCCGGUCAUCGCGCUGCUGAUGGCCCAUCCGUUAGGCCGGUUAUGGGAUUACCUAUUGAAAAGACCGGACGACCCUCCUGACGAGUAUGUUGAUGGGAUUCGGAUUAAUAGAUCUGUGGAGGCUGGUAGCCGCCAGUUCCUCCCUUUGGAGCGGCGGAGUCGGCUCGAUCGCUUUCGCCUGUGGCUUGCCCAGGGGCGCUGGAACGAAAAGGAGCACAGCUGCGUCUACGUGAGCAGCAACGUUUCGUUUGGCUUUGCCUUUGCGACCGACGUCAUCGUCGAGCAGACUCAAUUCUACAAACAAGAGGCCCCUAUCCUCUACCAGCUAUUAUUAACGCUUUCAACUCAAAUCCUGGGCUACACCUUCGCCGGGCUCACCAGACGCUUCUUAGUCCGGCCCAGCGGUAUGAUCUGGCCCGGCACUCUGAUGUCGGCGUCCAUGUUCACCACGCUCCACAAGGAGGAGAACAAGGAGGCCAACGGCUGGAGGAUCAGUCGCUGGAAUUUCUUUUACGCCGUCUGGCUCGGCGCGUUUCUCUUUUACUUUUUGCCGGGGCUGUUGAUGCCGGCCCUGAGCUAUUUCAACGUUAUCACUUGGUUUGCUCCUGAUAAUGUUGUCCUGGCCAAUUUGUUUGGUGUGGUAUCGGGGCUCGGAUUGUUCCCCAUGACAUUCGACUGGGCGCAGAUCGCUUACAUCGGAUCGCCGCUCCUGACGCCGUUCUGGGCUGCCAUGAACGUUAUCGGGGGCCUUGUUGUGGUGAUGUGGAUCAUUGCCCCGAUUGCCUACUAUUGCAAUUUGUUUUACUCUUCAUACAUGCCUAUCUUGUCUGUGGCAGUGUUUGACAACACGGGUAACAUAUACAACGUUAGUAAGGUCUUGACCAAGGACUUUCUGUUUGACCGCGAGGCCUACUCUAAGUAUAGCCGCGUGUUCCUGCCAAUCACGUACGUGCUUAGCUACGCCGUUCAGUUCGCCGGCCUGGCGUCGCUCAUCACGCAUACCAUCUGCUGGCACGGCAAGGAUAUUUGGACGCAGUGGAAGCGCUCGCUCGGGGAAACGCCCAGCGAGUCCAAGGCAGCCUACCAGCCGGUGUCAGGGCCAGAGGAGAGGCGUUCUCCUCGGACAUCUGGGCCGAGUAGGUCGUCGCUGAGCGUCGAUAACCUUAUGGGUCGCGAGGACGUCCACAAUCGGCUGAUGCGGCGGUACAAGGACGCCCCAAUGCUCUGUUAUCCUGUCCACCUCCCAUGGUACGGCCUGCUGCUGGCCCUCGGCAUUUGCAGCGUGCUCUUCAUCCCCAUCGGCAUCAUCAUGGCCGUCACCAACCAGCACAGCAGCAUCUACCUGAUCUGCCAGCUCGUCGCGGGCGCCAUAUUCCCUGGCCGUCCUGUCGCUAACAUGGUCUUUGUUACCUACGGCUACAUUUCCUCUGCCCAAGGUAUCAAGUUCGCAGCCGACCUGAAGCUUGGCCACUACAUGAAGAUCCCGCCGCGCAUCCUGUUCGGCGUGCAGAUUGUCGCCACCAUCGUCUCCUCGCUCACCCAGAUUGCCGUGCUUAACUGGAUGUUUGUCCACAUUCCAGGGCUUUGCACGCCACAGGCGAUCAAUGGGUUCACUUGUCCGAUCGCCCGCGUGCACUUCACAGGCUCCCUUCUCUGGGGCGUUCUCGGCCCAGCCGAGUUCUUCGGUCCCAACGCGCUGUACCGCCCGCUAGUCUGGGCGUUCGCGAUCGGCGCCAUCCUCCCCGUUCCCCUGUGGCUGUACGCUCGACACCGGCGCGACUCUUUUCUGCGCAAGAUUAAUCUCCCCGUGCUGUUCGGCAGCCUGGGCUGGAUCCCUCCUGCCACCGGACUCAAUUUUUCCGUAUGGGCACUCGUCUGCUUCCUCUUCAACUACCUCAUCAAGAAGCGGGCACCGGCGUGGUGGGCCAAGUACACCAUGACGCUGAGCGCGGCGCUGGAUUCGGGACUGGCAUGCGGCAUCGUGGCGGUGUUCUUUGGAUUUAUUUACUCGGGCUGGACGAAGGGCUUCUCGUGGUGGGGGACAGAAGUAUUUAAAAAGGGGUGUGACUGGCAGGCGUGUGCGUACAAGAGCGUGCCGGAAGGGGGAAAGUUCGGGCCCGACGUUUGGUAA